ACAGGAGGAGAGGGAUCUGAAUAGGGCAGAGGAGGAGAGAGGUUGUGUUUGUUUGCGUUCAGGCUGAAAUAUGAAACACAAAAGAAAGCCGUGGACAAAAAAAGAGGAGUUGAGAAGAAUGGAAUAAAGUUUUGUCCGCUAACCAAGUCAGUCCCUUCCUAGAAGCAAAGGGCUCUGGCCCCCUCCCCUCCUCUUCCCCAUCCCUCCUCCUCUCGCUCGCUCUCUCGCUCUCUCACUCUCUUUCUCUCUCUCCACCCCCUCCCUCCAGAUCCUCUCUCUUUCUCGCUCUCUCUCUCUCCACCCCCUCUCGCUCUCAGGCUGAGGCGGUUGGUUCACUCCACUAUGCUGUGUAUGCCUGGGACGCAGCAGUGAGAGAGAGAGAGAGAGAGAGAGAGAGAGAGAGGGCUGUGUGAAAGAGAGGGAGCUGUUAUUUAGGUCUUUUACAGCAGACAGGGAGCAGCUUGCCCUAGGGCGAGGGGAGAACGAUAGAGCAACAGAGAGCUCAGAGGAGCAGCCACAGCCAGGCAGGAACCAGCCCUGCAUUCCAGACAAGGGGAAGGGAAAAGGGGGAACAGAAGUUCCAGAAGGAAAGGAGAGAACAGGCGAGAGAGAGAGAGAGAGAGAGAAGGAAGGAAGGAAGGAAAGGGGGGAAAAGGUAGCAGGAGGCAGCAACACAUCAGAGCUACAGGAGGGGUUUGAACCAGGACCUUUGCUGUUGUUGUUGUUGUUGUUGUUGUUGUUGUUGUACUACAGUGAGGUGACCUAGCUACUCCAGGAGGAAGGAAGAGGGGUAGGUAGAGCAUCAGGGUUUAUCUGUGUGUUCUCAAGAGGUAGGGACUAGGGAAGUGGUACUGUAACAGUAGAAGGAGGGUUAAAGCUCCACCACCAUGUUUGACUGUAUGGAAGCUCUGGGGAUGGGCCCCCGCCAGCUUUAUGAUGUCACCAGCCGGGGUACGUGCAUGCUGCGGAAGGCAAGCCCCUUCUUCGCGGGCCUGGACCCCUUCGCCUGGACCGGCAGCGCCAGCGUUCAAUCGGUGGAGACCCAGAGCACCAGCUCAGAGGAGAUGGUCCCCAGCUCUCCCUCUCCACCUCCCCCGCCACGCAUCUACAAGCCCUGCUUCGUGUGCCAGGACAAGUCCUCCGGCUAUCACUACGGGGUCAGCUCCUGUGAGGGCUGCAAGGGCUUCUUCCGGCGCAGUAUCCAGAAGAACAUGGUGUACACCUGUCACCGGGACAAGAACUGCCAGAUCAACAAGGUCACCAGGAACCGCUGCCAGUACUGCCGACUGCAGAAGUGCUUCGAGGUCGGCAUGUCCAAGGAAGGUGAGAGACCAGUGCGCAACGACAGGAACAAGAAGAAGAAGGACGUGAAGGAGGAGUUGGUGCCUCCGGAGAGUUAUGAGCUGAGUGGAGAACUGGAGGAGCUGGUCAACAAAGUCAGCAAGGCCCACCAAGACACCUUCCCCUCACUGCUGCAGCUGGGCAAAUACCACACCGUAAGAGUCUCACACAUUUGGAACUCCAGUGCAGAGCAGCGCGUGCAGCUGGACCUGGGGCUGUGGGAUAAGUUCAGUGAGCUCUCCACCAAGUGCAUCAUCAAGAUCGUGGAGUUUGCCAAGCGCCUCCCCGGCUUCACCACCCUCACCAUCGCUGACCAGAUCACCCUCCUCAAGUCAGCCUGCCUGGACAUCCUGAUGUUGAGGAUCUGCACGCGCUACACCCCAGAGCAGGACACCAUGACUUUCUCUGACGGGCUGACCCUGAACCGGACCCAGAUGCACAACGCAGGCUUCGGCCCGCUCACAGACCUGGUGUUUGCCUUCGCUGGCCAGCUGCUGCCUCUGGAGAUGGAUGACACAGAGACUGGCCUCCUCAGCGCCAUCUCCCUCAUUUCUGGAGACCGUAUGGACCUGGAGGAGCCCCAGAAGGUGGACAAGCUGCAGGAGCCCCUGCUGGAGGCCCUGAAGAUCUACGCCCGUCGCAGACGCCCCAACAAACCACACAUGUUCCCCCGCAUGCUGAUGAAGAUCACUGACCUCAGAGGCAUCAGCACCAAGGGGGCCGAGAGGGCCCUCACUCUGAAGAUGGAGAUCCCAGGCCCCAUGCCUCCUCUGAUCAGGGAGAUGUUAGAGAACCCAGAGGCCUUCGAGGACCAGACAGAGAGCAGUGGAGAGAGCUCCCCACCGCCUGCCCCUCCACCCGCUCCACCAGCCUCCACCAAACCCCCCACCACCAUGAAGACUGAGGCCGAGGACGAGGAGGACAGCUGGGGGACAGAGAACGGCAGUGAGCCCUCCCCAGAGGAGGAAGAUGAGGAUGAUUAUGAUGAUGGGGAGGAAGAGGACAGGGGCUCGGACAGUGAGGGGGAAUCCUGGGCUCUGGAGAGUGGCAGCGAAGGGGAUAGGAAGAGCCGUGCCAGGAGGGCGCAGUGAGGAGGAGAGGCGAUCACACACAAAUACAGUCUGUGCACUCAAAUACACACACUAACUGACGUAAUCAUACACACGCACGCACACACACACACACACACACACACACACAGACACACAGACACACAUACACCCACCUUACCCCUUCCAAUGCUGGCCCUCCCUCGCUUUCCUCUGUAUCCUCUCCAUCUCCCUACUGCACAUCAGUCUCUCCAAGCAGGACAUGACAGGACAGGAGAGACUUACACCUAACUGUACAGACACUAUAACUCAGGUUCUCUGACUCACAGGUUCCUGAUAAGUAACAUGCAGACACGCGGAGAGACCUGCAGAGAUACUAUUAUAAAAGAGGGACGGAGAGACGACAUGAUGCAACCGACUGGACUCGUGAGUCCUGAUAUAGAGAAGAGGGAAGAUGGCGUGAUGGCAACAAAAACGAAAAGCGGACUCUUUGACAACAAAAAUAAAUCUUUUUUUUUUACUAUCUUUUUGUUUGUAUCUACAUAGAGGAAUGGCCAAAACAGAAAGCAUGAACUGAACAAUAGACUAUUUCCAACGGAUGCAAAGCAAAACACGUUUCUGAAAAAGACAAACACAGGAUGAAACCAAACUGAAUAUGCUAAUCGAUUUUUCUGCUGUUAUUUGCUUUUGAAUACUGUUAAAAAAAAGUAUUUUUUUUUUCUUGAAUUUUCUUUCUUUCUCAAUGUAUUAAUUAGUCCAUACAUAUCUAUAUAUACCAUUAUAUUUUGUUUGUUUGUAAUCCUGGUUUUGUAAAUGAUUUCUUUAGAUGAGGUUUUGUUUUUUGAGGAGUUUCCCAUUACUACGGAUAUAUCCAGAGAGAGAGACGAAUCAGAAUCCGAACUGGCAGACCUCGAACUGAAUCUUCUUUCCAACUGCGCCGCUGGUGUUUUUUGGGCAGUUUUGCGCGCCGUAGAUGUCAAUGAUAAUCAACUCCGUAAUGUUGUGUUACAGUGACUAAAGUUGUGGAUUGGUGUUGUUUAUCAGGGGACUAGCAUUCAUCUAUGUGCUUCCUUUCAACGCAACAAACUAUGCUGUCGAAUGGAUAGUGUCUCAGUGCCAAAGUUAGCAACUCAACACACACUGACAUGUAAAAGUAUACGCACACACGCACACACACACACACACAUACUAAACCUCGAACCUAUAACAAAUGUGCCAUUUUGGCUUUGUUUGGUAGACAGAGAUUGACAGUUGGCCGUAGCACUUGGCUGUGGCACUUCAAUAUCUUGUUUUAUACAAUGCAUCUUUAUUGCCCAAUAUUGACAGUACAGUCAAUGGCAAUCUCAUCUUAUUCAGCAGUCAUGCAAUUGACGAACACAACGGAAAUGUAGAGAACUAUCAUCAUCAAAUGCCUGUGAAAUCCGAAGCACUAUUUGACAAUUUGACAACGUGCACAAGCAAACACUCGCUGACACGUGAUCAACACACACGCAGACACACGCAAGUUCAAACCAGGAACUGUUAGGGGCAACGACAUGAAAACAGACUUCUCAGGGCUUCACUGUUACUAAGGACCAAACCCUAGCGGCCGCCACGCUGUAGGGUGCGCUAGGAACAGGCAAUAUUUAUGUGUGUGUAUUUUUGACUCAAGUCAGUGGGAUCUGACCAGUAAACUCCUAGCUCGGUGUACAUAGUAGAUAGAUGACUGGUCUAACAAAUGGCGUGGAUGCCAGCCAGCCUGUUACCCUUUUCACACUAUCAUGCCAACCCAAACCAAACCAGUGCUGGCAGGGGUAUUCUAUUUUCACAUGGUCCUUUCCAGCACAGUUCCAGGAACUACGGUGGGUGCAGGGCCAGGCCAGCUCUGUCCAGCUCAGUUUGGCUCGGCUCACUGGUGUGAAAAGCAUCAUCUGUCUCAGACCUGGCAUCCGAGAAACCAACUGCCUUCUCAUCCGAAGCCAUGACAUCAUCAUGUCUUUGUAAUGUUGUAGGAUUGUACCCCUGCUCUCAUGUCUUCUUCAGUGAAGUGGCAGGCCCAUGUGUCCUCCCGUCUUCUUCUCUUGCCAACGUGUCUCAGUCAAUAUGUAACCAACGGUUCAUGAUGCAGCUGGCUACGUGUACAUUCCAGAGUUUUGUACACAGUCUCGCUACGAAGAUACAGUAUAUGAACAGGAGCGCAACAGACUCCUCCCAGCGGUAGAGAAAGAGGGCCUACUGUACAGUUCUCUCUGAAUGUGGCCCUCCUGGUUGGUUUUUGAGUGUGUGUACAGGCUUUAACAUGCCUCCUCUGUCAUCGGGUGGAUGUUCUCUGUACGGCGCUGUUGCGUCACACAGGAGCGCUUGAGAAGCAGAGCCGGCGAGGUUUGAUGACCUAAUUUCCUCUCGGCCUGCCCUGCCAGGCCUUCAUGAUGCAAACGUUGCGAUUAUGCUGUUUUGGUGCCGGUGUUCUCUGUAAAACAUGGCCAGGGUAUUGUCCAAUCUUCUGUUCAUACCAACUCUGUCAUACAACGAAAAAGCCAUAUGAACUGUACGGCACAAUAAAUGACUUUUGUGAGAUUAAUAACACA